AAAUAUUAUUAUUAUAAUCUUUGUGCUUUGAAAAUUGGAGCUUUCCCGACAUAGCUGCGGGUUACUUAUAAUUACAUAAAUACGUCACGCUAUUAUAGCGUUCGACAUUUCGACGAUGAUGUCCUUGAGCCGUACGGCGUGCAGUGAUCAGUGGAAAUUUCAAAUUAUAUUACUAUGGUUAAUUGUUUUGAAAAUAAAGUAUCACAUACAUAUUUUAGUCUAAAAUCGUACACAAAUUUGAUUCUACAAAGUAAAAACUGCAGAAAGCAGAUGGCACUAUGGUAGUCACCGGUCUGCACUUAAUCGGUCGGUGGGGUAGGUCGGAAACGCGUUCAAGGUCAGUGCGCGUCGUCGUCACCCUCUACGCUCGGCUCUCGUCGUAAAUAACAAAACAAGUGAUGACAACAAACUACAAAGUACAAACCGAGAAUAGCAGACGUCGUCAGGAAAUUGAAAACCUCGAAACAACAACAAAUUAGACUCGUCGUUCGUGAGUCAUCAGUCAUCAUACGCCCACGGCUUACUAAAACGUCUACGACAAUACGUUGUAAGAUUAAAGUAAUAAUACGUCUUGUUGGGAUUUUGGAAAUUUUGCCAAAAACACUACAGGAAACAUUGCAAUAUGGACUUCAACGGGCAAACUGACGAGUUAUCGCCAAACAAAAAUGAGGGAAAUCACGGUCGGCAUGAUGCUCACAAACAUCAUGACACAAUGGGUGAAAUUGUACAAGGCCAAGAGUUUCCGAACAAUGUGAAGAAUAGUUUUGUUGAUUCGGUUGAUAAUCAUGUGAAAGAAGUAAAUCCACAUUCUGAAAGCUUGGGCACACAUCAAAUUGGCAAGGAUGGAAACUGUGUAGAACGAGACCUUUUACCUCACAGCACCACUUAAUAUAUUUUAACAACAUACCUAUAUUAUUCAUAUUCCACAUUAAUAUUUCAUGAGCAAAUUGUAUACUUUUUUUUUCUUAAAGAUAUUUACAAUCUAUUGAAAAUAUUUAGAUGCACUUUUUAAUAUUUUACUUAAAAAAAUUUAUUGGUACACCAUAAUGCAUAUUUAUCUCAUUAAACUCAUUUUUAACUAUUAAAA